AUGAACGGAAUGGUGGCUGAACAACAGCAGCAAGCAGUGAUCGAGAUCAAUCCGAUCGGAGCCGAUGGCAAACCGAAAAGUGAAGCACAACUGAAAAAAGAGAAGGCGAAAGCCGAGAAACUGGCAAAAUUUCAUGAAAAGGAGAAGAAAAGGGCUGAAGUGAUGGCCGCUCAAGCGAUCAAGCCCAAAGAGGAAAAAGGACCAAAAAAACCGAAAGCUGAUGUUAUGGAGUAUAGCGGUGAAACAAAACCAGGUGAGAAGAAGGACACAUCAAUUGAUUUGCCGAACGCUUAUAGUCCAAAAUAUGUUGAAGCAGCUUGGUAUGAUUGGUGGGAGAAAGAAGGGUUCUUCAGACCUGAAUAUGGUGGACGUGACAUGAGUAAGCCGAACCCGAAGGGUCACUUCACAGUCGUAAUACCGCCGCCAAAUGUGACUGGUACAUUGCAUUUGGGGCAUGCCCUAGCAACAUCAGUUGAAGAUACUGUUUGUAGAUGGCAUCGAAUGAAAGGCGAAACAGUUUUGUUCAAUCCGGGCUGUGAUCACGCCGGUAUUGCCACACAAGUUGUUGUUGAGAAACGUUUGAAGAAAGAGCGUGGUUUGAGUCGACAUGAUCUUGGUCGUGAGAAAUUUAUCAAAGAAGUUUGGAAGUGGAAAAAUGAGAAGGGAGUGAUAAUUUACGACCAGUUGCGUAAGAUGGGUGCAGGUGUUGACUGGGAUCGUGUUUGUUUUAUGAUGGAUCCGAAGAUAAUGCGUGCUGUGACACACGCAUUUGUUGAGAUGCAUGAUAAAGGUGUGAUCUAUCGAAGUAAUCGACUCGUGAAUUGGUCGUGCACACUUCGAUCGGCCAUUUCGGAUAUCGAGGUGGACAAAAUAGAAUUGACAGGCCGUACGAUGUUGUCCGUACCGGGUCAUCCGAAGAAAGUCGAAUUCGGCGUUCUAAUCUCAUUUGCAUAUCCAGUUGAAGGAUCAGAUGAAGAAGUGAUUGUAGCAACAACUCGAGUUGAAACAAUGCUUGGUGACACAGCGAUCGCUGUGCAUCCGGACGAUGAUAGAUAUUACCAUCUUGUUGGGAAGUUCUGUAAGCAUCCUUUCGUGGAUCGAAAGUUGCCAAUAGUCGCCGAUUCAUUUGUUGAAAAAGAGUUCGGAACUGGUGCUGUAAAGAUAACACCAGCGCAUGACCAUAACGAUUACGAGGUUGGUGUUCGACACAAUUUACCAUUCAUUACCAUAUUCACGGAUGAUGGAAAUAUGAAUGAGCAAUGUGGCGAGUUCAAGGGUAUGAAACGAUUCGAAGCAAGAGAAGCAGUAUUAGAAGCUUUGAAAAAGAAAGGACUGUACAGAGACGUCAAAGAUAAUCCUAUGAUCGUUCCUAUUUGCAGUCGUUCGAAAGACGUAAUCGAACCAAUACUAAAAUCGCAGUGGUACGUGAAGUGCGAUGAAAUGGCAAAGCGUGCUAUUGAUGCAGUUGCAAAGGGUGACCUUAAAAUAAUACCCAAUUAUCAUAUUACCACAUGGAAUAGAUGGCUUGAAGGCAUUAGAGAUUGGUGUAUAUCACGCCAAUUAUGGUGGGGUCAUCGUAUACCAGCUUACUUUAUUACGAUUAACGAUGCCAGCAUCCCGGCUGGUAGUGCUGAUGAUAAUAACUAUUGGGUUGCUGCACAUAAUGAAGCAGAAGCGAUUGAAAAAGCAUCGAAAAAGUUUAGCAUUCCAAAAGAGAAAAUUUCAGUUAAGUGGGAUGAGGAUGUAUUGGAUACGUGGUUCUCGGCUGGAAUGUGGCCAUUCACGAUAUUCGGGUGGCCUGAAAAAACAUCCGAUAUGAAGAGUUUCUUCCCAGGAGCACUUCUAGAGACUGGUCACGAUAUUCUUUUCUUUUGGGUAGCGCGAAUGGUAUUUAUGGCACAAGAACUUACAGGACAAUUACCAUUCAAAGAGGUAUACCUGCAUGCGAUGAUCCGUGAUGCGCACGGUCGUAAAAUGAGUAAAUCGUUGGGAAAUGUUAUUGACCCGAUUGAUGUCAUUCAUGGUGUUUCUCUGAUGACGCUUAAUAAACAGUUGGAAAGUGGCAAUUUGGAUCCGAAAGAAGUGAAGUUCGCAAAAGAGAAUCAAGCACACGAUUACCCAAAUGGUAUUCCGGAGUGUGGUACGGAUGCAUUACGAUUCGCGUUGAUGUCGUAUACGAGUCAGGGGCGUGAUAUAAAUUUGGAUGUGCAACGUGUUCAAGGCUAUCGUUUCUUCUGUAAUAAGAUUUGGCAAGCAUCUAGAUUCACUCUUAUGCAGCUCGGAGAACACUUUAAACCACUGCCUCAAUUCAAGUUGUGUGGUAAUGAAUCAACGCUUGAUAAGUGGAUAUUGUCACGUCUUUCGUUUACAAUUCAAGAAUGUGAUAUGGGCAUGAGUGGCUAUAACUUCCAUCAAACCACUAACGCUGUGUACAAUUUUUGGUUAUACGAUUUCUGCGAUAUUUAUAUUGAAGGCUCAAAACCGAUUUUGAUGAGUGGUGAUGAAAAUGCAGUGUCGACAACUCGUCAAGUGUUGUAUUUGUGCAUAGACACAGGGCUACGGCUACUAGCACCGUUCAUGCCCUUCAUAACCGAAGAACUGUGGCAAAGACUUCCACGAAGAGCGUCCUCAUCCAAUCAGAAACAACCUUUGAGUAUAUGUGUCGCGGAAUAUCCUCAGAUCGAAGAGUGUUCUUAUCGAGACGAGCAAUUGGAGAGUCGUGUUUCAACCGUAAUGGAUAUUGUUAAAACGAUUCGUUCAUUGCGUGCUGAUUACGACUUAACUGCCAAACACUUAUUCAAAUUGUUUCGUUUAGUGUAUGUGACGUUUAUGGAUAAGGAAGAUGCAGAUGGUGUUGGUGAUUUAACAACUCUUAUUUCUACGUUAACAUCGUCAAAACAGGUAUCCAUUCUAACACCAGAUCAAAGUUCGCAAAUACCAAAGGGAUGUGCCCAGAUAACUGUGUCAGCAAAGUGUAAGGCAUCGCUGGCAUUACAAGGUAUAAUCGAUGUCGCAAAAGAAAUAACGAAAUUGAACGAUAAAAAGGCCAAAUUAGACACACAAGUGCAAAAGCUGGAUGAUGCGAUGUCGAAGCCAGAUUAUGAACGAAAAGUACCGCUUGGUGUGAGGACGAACAAUGCUGAAAAGAAAGAGUCUUUAUGCACCCAAAUAAAACACAUCAAUGAGGCGAUUGACGCGCUGAAGGAUUCCGAAUGA